AUGAGUGAAGACAAAAGAUUUUCCGUUGAUCAGAUCACUCUUGUUAAGGAUGAUUUUUUCAAACAACGUGUCAGUGGUAUUGUUUUAUAUACGGACGGACCACAAUUAAAAACAUUAAUGCGUGAAUUAUCAGAUAAUAAAUUAAAAUGUGAUAUAAAGAGUAUUUGCGAUCAAAUAUCAAAUGAUCGACAAUAUCAAGAACAUGAUCGAUAUCAGAUUAUUCGUGUGGCAGACAAUCAGAUUGAAGCUGAAAAUAUUAUUCUGGUUAAUCAACCUGGUAUCGAUUGGUCAGAAUGUCGGUGGUUUGAAACAAUAAUUGAUAUUGCCUGUCAACAAAGAAUAUAUUCAAUAGUAUUUCCUUAUAUUUUAUAUACGACAGAAGAUCAAUUGUGUACACUGGAUAUUAUUUUACAAUUAAAAAAAGAAAACAAACUUCAAGAAAUCCAAGAAAUACGAAUUGUUUACAUAGAUGACACAAAUUUCGCAUUAGAAAAAGAAAAAUUAAAAAAAUUUUUAGCUGAGUUGAAACAAUGGAAAAAUAAUGGUGGUAGAACGAAUGAAAACACACAAUGUAAUAAUCAUGUAGAACAUGGACGUAAGACAUUCGACCAGAAUAACGGAGUACAAGAAAACAAUAAUCCAUCAUAUAAUCAUGACGAAAGACGGACAAUUGUAGCCUCUAAUGUGAAUAAUACUCAAAAUGAACAAAAUCCUCAAUAUCAAUAUGAGUUUGGCGAUGCAAUAUUAGUGAUCAAACAAGGCAAUAUUCUAAUGGAAAAGGCAGAUGCUAUCAUCGUUGAUGUCGAUAACUUCAAUCCAACUCAACCUGUUCGAAUGCUUUAUGAACAAGCUGGUACCACUUAUAAACAAGCAUGUGCAGCUUUAAAUCCAACUGAUGAAUUGUAUAUCAUGCCUGGUGGUGAUUUACAUGCACGAUAUAUCAUUCAUAUGUCAUUACCAUGUUGUACCCCAGCUCAGAGCAGUAGCCAAAAUUAUUUGGGGAUUUUACAUGAUAGUUUUGUGCCAGUGUUUAAAAAUGCAUUAAAAUAUCGAAUUAAUCGUAUAGCUCUUUUACCAGAUGGCCGCAUUAAACAUAAUUAUAGACCUGAAAGUCUACUCGAACAAUUAUACAAAGUUUACUCAAAUUGUAAUACAUACAUACGUGAUAUAAUCAUGGUAAUUGAUGAUACAUCAAGAUUUUCAAUGUGGAAUGAUAUAUGUAAACGAUUUUCAGCUGAAUGCUCAAGAAGACGUGCAAAAGAAAAAGAACAACGAUCAUCAGCACAUGUUAAUGAACGUCCUCCCAUAGAAGAGCAUGUACUAGGAAGACCUGUUAGACAUAAAAUAGGUGACGAUAGUUUAAAUCAGGAUAAUCAAUACAGACAAACCAGGUCAUCAGUACAACCUCAAACAGUAGAUAACGGACGCACAUGGUCACAUACUAGAGAUUCUCCGCAUGCUUCUAAUACCAGAAUGCUACCAACCAAUCUUAUCAAAUACGCUUUAUCAGAACGUACAGUACUAACAGUGAAGCGGGGUGAUAUAAGCAUGGAACCGACUGAUGUGAUCGUGAAUGCUGCAAAUGAACAUCUUCGUGAUGGUAUAGGUGUUACAGGUGCCAUCUACAAGAGAGCGGGACCUGUGUAUGCUGAUGCAUGUAGUAGAUGUCCAAAAAUAAAUAGUAAAGGGUGGUGUCUUCAGUCUGGACAAGCUAUCGUAUUACCGAGCGGAGAUUUACCAUCACAUUGUGUUAUUGCCACCGUGGGUCCCAUUUUUGAUGAAAAGGAUGAAACAGAAUCGAAAAAAACAUUAUUUUCAUGCUAUAGAGAAUGCUUAUUGUUAGCUGCGAAAAAAAAUCACCGUUCAAUUGCAUUUCCAGCAUUAUCAUGCGGUGUCUACGGUUAUCCUAUCCAAAAAGCCGCUCGUAUCGCAAUUGAAGCAGUGCAAAAGUUUUCGUCGGAUUUAAAUGAAAUAGUAUUUGUUCUUUGGGAUGACCUUGUAUUUUGUGCUUGGAUUCAAGAAAUAGAAAGCAAUAAACAUCUCAAAAGAUUAACUGACUAA